AUGGCCAACGAGCUCCUCAUCAACACCACAAUCUCCGCACUGGCCCUAAACCAGCGCUUCGACAUCGUCAAUGGAACAGAGACCCGCACCUUCAAUAUCUAUCGCUAUGAGAACAAGCUCGCCUUCUUCCUCCCAUACGGUCUCUCACUUGCACUCGCCAUACCGAUCAUAGUACUAGGACUCGUAGCUCUCUACGUCCAGAACCGAGGCGUUUCGGCUAUCAGUGGAGGUUUCAUGCAGCUUCUGAUGACGACUACUGGACGCGGUUCACUUGAAGCGGUGGUUACGAGGGGCUCGGGUACGCUGGGCGGAUACGAGAAUGUUUCGGAAGAGCUGCGUGGGAUGGAGGUUAGGUUUGGAGAACUCGUUGACGUUGGUGGGGAUGAAGUUAAGGAGACUGACACGCUUCUGAGCGGGCGUGAUGGGCUUGUCGAUGUGCAGAACGAUGAUAGCUCGCAGUCAGGUGUACGAAUUUCGUCCAGAACAGAGCGGUUCGAGAACAGCGAUUCUGUAGCGCGAAGAGCCGGCUUCGGCACGGUCGACGAAGUGAUACCAUUUAGGAAGAACGCAGAACAGUAG